AGUGCAGCGAAAAAGAACAGACUUUUAAUUUCCCAAUUUAGGUUUUAAAAAAUCUGAACUUUCAAGAUUUAAUUUAUCUUUACGCUAGUUAAUUUUUAUUCUGCUUAUGUCUGUAUAGUAAUAUUACUAUUAUAACUGUUUAUCAUUCAUAUAGGAAUUAUAACCUACCAAACACGCGAAAAAAAAUGCAAAAAUAUUCACCAGAGUACGUAACCGAUGAGAAUUUGCUCUGUCACGUUAAUACAAAUUGAUAUUCGCUUACUCAAAUGGCUUUAGCAAAAAUUGAAUUUGCUGUACAUAUGACAUGUAAAAAAUGUGUCAACGCAAUUCGUGAGAGUAUAUCAGAUGUAGAAGGUAUCCAAAAUAUUGAUAUAUCAUUGGAGCGUGGUACAGUUGUUGUUGAAACAAAUCUACCUUAUUCUGUUAUACAAGAGAGGAUUGAGAAGACUGGGAGGCAGGCAGUAUUGAGAGGAUAUGGAGAUGAAUUGAGUGCAGUAUCAAUGUUAGGUGGAAAUUCAGGAUACAGUGUUGGUAAUCUAGUAAGAGGAGUAAUAAGAUUUGCACAAACUUCAAAGGGAUGUAUUAUAGAUGGUACAGUUGAUGGAUUAACUCCAGGUGAACAUGGUAUACAUAUACACGAGAAUGGUGAUAUAUCUAAAGGAUGUGACAGUGUAGGUGAGCACUUCAAUCCAAAUAAUUCUUUACAUGGAGAUCCUAAGGAUGAAUUGUCCAAAAGACAUGCUGGUGAUCUUGGUAAUAUCCUAGCAGAUACUACAGGUAGAGCUACAUUUCGGAUAAUAGAUGAAUUCCUUAAGAUAUCUAAGAUCAUUGGUAGAUCUCUUGUUAUUACUGAGAAACCAGAUGAUCUUGGAAAAGGUGACAAUCCAGAGUCUAAGAUCAGUGGAAAUAGUGGAAAUAAGUUGGCUUGUGGCAUUAUUGCUAGAUCAUCAGGAUUAUUUCAAAAUACAAAGAAGAUUUGUGCAUGUGAUGGUCUUACAAUAUGGGAUGAAAGAGAUCAGGCUCUUGUACAUGCCAAUGGUACUAUAAAAUAUUAUACAAACUUCAAUGAGAAAAUAUGCAUAGUAAUCUGAAUAUUUUCAAAACCU